AUGUUUGGGAUUCAGGAGAGCAUCCAGAGGAGUGGGAGUAGUUUGAAAGAGGAACCCAUCGGAUCCGGGAUGAACGCAGUUCGGACAUGGAUGCAGGGAGCGGGGGUGUUGGAUGCGAACACGGCCGCUCAAAGGUAAGAAGCCGGAGACAGCAUCUUCCUCCCGGCGCGAAGGCUCAACCAGCGCACGGAUGGUCCACGGUCCACACUGUUUUGGGAAACUAUAUUUUCAAUGUACCAAAUUAUUUGUGUCGCUACACUUGCAGUUUAGCGUACAUGCUUUGUGCUCGAAUAAUUGUUUAAGUUUUCUUUGCCCCCGCCGUGUCGAUGCUCCCCUCACCAAUGGGAGUUCAGCAUAUAGCCUAAUGGAUGACUUCUAUACUCUACUGGUUAAUUGGACAUAGUCUACAGUUUAGUUAGACAGAACAGUUAAAAUAGUGGUCAUAAUAGUUAGAAUAUAAUAACUAUAAAAUCAUGAUAAUAAAAACAUGUUAAUAAAUUGGCCAUGGAAAUAUGUGUCUUAUAUAGGCUUGCGUAGGUCUAUCAAUGCCAAGAGCCUAGAAUAUUGACAGGCAUAUCAACUAAACCUCAUCAUAAAAAGAGCCCACUUCAAUACAUGAAUUUUCCAAAUUAGGCUAUUUGUCGCACUGUUUAAAAUGAGGCAAGUAUCAAAAGGUUCGCUUCGCAAAUAUGAACAGGACUUACACGAUUCGCUUCGCAAAUAUGAACAGGACUUACACGAUUCGCUUCGCAAAUAUGAACAGGACUUACACGAUUCGCUUCGCAAAUAUGAACAGGACUUACACAAGUUUUACUCUAAAGAGGCUAAGAACUUAUUUCAUACGUUUAAGUCUGGUAAUGCUCUAACAACGAAUACCCCUUGCAUGUCUAUCCACAGUGGAGUGGGUCUUGCCCGGGCGCACUUUGAGAAGCAACCGCCAUCAAAUCUAAGGAAAUCCAACUUCUUUCACUUCGUUUUGGCUCUAUAUGACAGACAAGGACAGCCAGUGGAAAUCGAAAGGACGUCUUUCCUCGGUUUUAUCGAGAAGGAAAAGGUGAGUGAUUUAAAAAUAAAAAAAAUUAUCAGCUUCUGCAUGCACACUAAAUUGUCCCACAUCCACAUUUUGACAAUUAUAUAAUAAGCAUAGCUGUAUCAGACGAAUCUCAUUUUAAAUUAAAAACCCAUUCAACCUAUGUAAAGACCUGUGUAUUUAUUUAGCGAAGAUUUAUAAAUAUUUCCACAUGUUUAUGGCAAUUAGACUACAUGCUCGUAAUAGGCUAAUAGUAAUAAAAGUGUAUCCAAAUAAAAAUGGACCUAAUUAUACUAAUAAUGUAAAGAAUAAUACUAAUAAUACUAAUAAUUUAUAUAUUUGUAAAAUAAUAUUUGUAGAAUAAUAUUUGUCUUUUGAAGUUUACAAGUUAUUUCCUUAUUGUCGUUAUAUCUCUAAAUAUGUAUACUUGUUUAAAAUAAUAUAAAAUAUUUGACAUAAUACAAAUAAACUCAAUGUGUUUUUCUCAUUACAAAAUACCAAUAUUUAGCCUACUGCUAUGGAAAUAAUUUGGGCAAUGAUUUUGUGCAUUUCAGUACAUAAAAAAUAGGCUUAAUAAAAAUAAUACAACCACUUGUUCCAUAAAUUCUCCUAAUUUCCAAUAAACCAGUUUAUAUGUAUUUUUCUAGUAGCACUACAUUAAGUAGCAUAAUUACUGCAAUGUCUUUUUGAGAUGGUUCUUUUUGAGAUGGUUCUCACCUUCAGCCAUGAAAACAGAGCCUAAUUUCUAUACUGUUCUAAAUAAGUGGUUGUUGAAUGAUACAAAAUGUAUGUGUACAAUAAUUAUGCUACAUUUCGCCAAUCCCAAAUUAUUAUCGAGUUAUAAUCAAUGCACUAGCUUAUUUCUGAGAGUUCCGUCUAAUUUGAACACAAGCGCACCAAUUUCCAUCUUAUCAGAUCUGAAUGAAAUGAGUUGAACUCCACUUUUUAAAUCUGCUCAUUUACAGGAAUCCACUGGAGAAAAGACCAACAAUGGGAUACAUUACAGACUGCAACUUCUCUACAGUAAUGGUAAGUGUACAACAUUGGUCAACUCUCCUGUCGACAAUGUUGUGCUUAUGUUCUGA